UCCAAAUCCAAUUAAUUCUCUUUUUUCUUUUUCGAGAGAGAGAGUUUAGAAAUGAGGAUUUUGCAAGCUCCAACAGCAGCUUGUGUGUAUGCAGCUGUAGCAACCUCAAAGCCACAAUCCCCAGGAGUAGGUGUGAAGUUUGUAGAAAGACAAUUCGGAGGUAUUAACAAAAAUUCUCUUCCUUUUUCCACAAAAAGGAGAAGACUUUUACAAUUACAUACCCCCAUUUCUGCUUCUUCUUCCUCCCUUGAAGCUGAGGCUGCAAGCAUAUUGACAAGGGAGGCGGAAGACGAUGUGUUAAAAGCCUUGGCUCAAAUUAUUGAUCCAGACUUUGGGACCGACAUUGUCUCGUGUGGGUUUGUCAAGGAUUUGGUUGUCGAUGACGUUUCAGGAGAGGUUUCUUUCCGAUUGGAGCUCACCACACCGGCAUGUCCAGUCAAGGACAUGUUUGAGAAGCAGGCAAAUGAGGUGGUGGCAGCUCUUCCCUGGGUCCAAAACGUAAAGGUGACAAUGUCAGCGCAACCUGCAAAGCAGAUGUAUUCAGCACAACUUCCUGCUGGGUUACAAACAAUAUCAAACAUAAUAGCAGUCUCAAGUUGCAAGGGAGGUGUUGGAAAAUCAACUGUGGCUGUCAAUCUGGCAUACACUUUGGCUGGGAUGGGUGCUAGAGUUGGCAUCUUUGACGCUGAUGUAUAUGGUCCUAGUUUGCCAACUAUGGUCUCUCCUGAAAAUCGGCUGCUUGAAAUGAACCCAGAAAAGAAGACCAUUAUUCCAACAGAAUACCUGGGAGUCAAGAUGGUGUCUUUUGGAUUUGCUGGACAAGGGCGUGCAAUAAUGCGAGGUCCAAUGGUUUCGGGGGUCAUCAAUCAACUACUGACUACUACAGAGUGGGGAGAGCUUGAUUAUCUUGUCAUUGACAUGCCCCCUGGAACCGGUGAUAUCCAACUUACCUUAUGCCAGGUGGUCCCUCUAACCGCUGCUGUGAUAGUAACUACUCCUCAGAAGCUUGCAUUCAUUGAUGUUGCAAAAGGAGUCCGCAUGUUUUCAAAGCUGAAGGUACCAUGUGUCGCUGUUGUUGAAAACAUGUGCCACUUUGAUGCGGAUGGGAAACGCUUUUACCCAUUUGGUAGAGGUUCAGGGUCGCAGGUUGUGGAACAGUUUGGAAUACCACAUCUAUUUGACCUUCCAAUUAGACCAACUCUAUCAGCUUCUGGGGAUAGUGGAAUGCCUGAAGUGGUGGCUGAUCCUCAAGGCGAAGUCUCUGAGAUAUUCCAGAACCUAGGAGUUUGUGUGGUACAACAAUGUGCAAAGAUCCGCCAACAAGUAUCGACCGCUGUCAUGUAUGACAAGUCCAUCAAAGCAAUUAAGGUGAAAGUGCCUGAUUCAGAUGACGAGUUUCUUCUACAUCCUGCAACUGUUAGAAGAAACGACCGUUCUGCCCAAAGUGUGGAUGAAUGGACCGGAGAGCAAAAACUGCAGUUUGGUGAUAUUCCAGAGGACAUAGAACCUGAAGAAAUUCGACCAAUGGGGAACUAUGCAGUUUCAAUUACAUGGCCGGAUGGAUUUAGCCAGAUUGCUCCUUACGAUCAGCUACAGUCUAUGGAACGGUUGGUUGAUGUACCCCAACCAAUACUUGCUUAGCAGAUCAGGUGAUAUUCCAUUUUGUGACCAGAGGAUUCUUUGUAUGUCACAGAGGUAAACAGCAUACUUGAAUUGAAUGCUGGAGUACAAAUUCCGUUAUAGUUGCUCAAGGGUUUGAUAGAGUAAAUUUGUCCUCAUAACGCCUAAUAUUGUACUACUGGAACUUCUACACGGCCACAGCUACACAGAUUCCAUCAUUACUCAUUUCUAGUGUAUAUGUAAAUGCGUAUACAGUAUUCAAUAUGUUGCAAGAGUUUCACCAAUACGAGCAACAGUUAUGAAAAUGAGUAAUGAAUAGGACUAUUUUGACUCGAA